ACAACUUCCAUUCUUGCUGUACAUAUGUAUUUUCGUGCAUAGUACAUACAAUCCGUUCUUUGUAAUCACCACUGUGAUUUGGAGCAAUUGUGGUGUGAUUGUUAAACGGUCAAAACUGUAACUUUGCGUACAUACAUAGCCCUUGGCUAGUACAUACAAUCCGUUCCUUGUAGUCUGGACGGUAAACUUGCGAGUUUGUGGCGUGAUCAUUAAACGGUUAGGACUAUAACGUUACAUACAUACAUCACGGCUGUCGUUUGCAUUCUGCAUCCAUCGCUUAGCAGUUGAUAUAUAUUUUUGCAUACGUUUGUUUUAUAUUCGUUGCGUUGCUGAGAAAACAUCCACUCAAGUUGUUCUUCUCGAACCUUCAAUAUGUCGCUUAGCCCAGCUAAUGGUACUGCCAACGGGGAAGGUUCAUCAAACAUUGCCCCAGCGAGUGGGCAAGUGUCUUCAGACCGAGUGUUGUUUUUGAAGUCGAAAACAAUGUCCCUAUUCAACCGGCUUGAGCGCACAGCGGCAGAAAUGGACGUGGAAAAGCUUCAAGGCAUGGAUGAGUACGACUUAGCAGCAAUUGUCGAAUUAUUAGGUGAAUUAAAAUCAGCCUUUACUGUCGCUCACACCAGUUUGGAGGAACUAGAUUUCCAUUCCAUUGCCAGUGUUCUUCCCUGCAAAUUUGAUUCCACGGUAACAAAUCUUAAGGCGAACCUGCAACGAGAGAUUGGGAAACGUACUACAUCCCGCCACUGCUCGACAUUCAGAGCGAACGCCGGCGAUUCCCAGUCCAUCAUCGUGAAUGCUAAUCCUUCUCGCUUGCCUUUGCUGACGUUGCCUAAAUUUAGUGGUGCUUACACUGAGUGGAUGAACUUCCUUUCGAUGUUCAUCUCUGUCAUCGACAAGGAUAGCGACCUAACGCAAACCGAUAAACUGCAGCAUCUUCGUUCCUGCUUGAGUGGUGCAGCACUGGAUACCAUACGAUCGCUAGAGAUAAACGAGGCUAACUACAAAAUUGCGAUAGAACUUCUUAAAAAACGAUUUGAUAACAAAAGACUUAUCUUUCAGGCACACAUCAGGGAGAUCUUUGGGUUGGAAAGGGCAGGCACAUCCGUUAGCAAGCUACGAGAGUUGAGGGACAAAGUCACUUCGCAUAUACGCGCGUUGCAAUCACUUGCGUCCAAGGAACAAAUCGCAGACUGUAUAAUCAUACAAUUGUUAACUCAGAAGCUGGACAAGGCAACCCAAGCCAAAUGGGAGGAGAAUUCUUCAAGCAACGAGCUGCCGUCGUGGGACCAGUUAGCUGACUUUUUAGAGAAGCGCUGUCGAACACUCGAAAACGUAGAGCAUGCCAUGGUAGAGCAAGGAUUUCAGGUUGGAAAAAGUGGAAAAAACGUGAGUACCAAUCAAAAUAAAUCAUUUCUUGCUUCGAAAACCUCUGCGUGUGGUUGCGCAUUUUGUGGAUCGGCAGAUCAUCUCAUUUACCACUGUCAACGGUUCGCAAAUUUAUCGCCAAACCUUCGUCAGAAAGAGACCAAGAAACUUUCUCUUUGCCUUAAUUGUCUAAAGGCGGGUCAUCAGAUGCGAGAUUGUAAAUCUGGAUCUUGUCGCAAAUGUCAAUCGAAGCACCACACCCUUCUACAUUUUGAUCGUACAAAUAUAGCUUCACCUGCAACUCGAGGUGCGGCUUCUCAAUCAACUACAGCUCAGUCGAACGCAAUGAUUGCAACGUCGCCUGUCCUUCCACAAGCCCUUACUUCACAAUCUCCAUCUGAUGCUGUGUUUUUAGCCACUGCGAUAAUUCAUGCUAAAAAUCGUGCCGGAACUUUCGUCCCAUGCCGCGCACUGUUGGACUCUGGUUCCCAGCCGCACUUUAUUACAACUCGUUUCGCCAAUCAAUUACAACUUCGUAAAACCAAAUCCUCGGCUGCCAUUUCGGGCAUUGGGGAUGCCAAUUUCUCCACAGAGGGUUACUCGGUCGAUGUCGUUCUGAGGUCGCGGACUUCAGAUUUUUCUACACGUAUUACAGCCGUUGUUGCGCAAACAAUCACUGAAAAUCACCCUAGUUUUUCGGUGGUCACGGCGGACUGGAACGUUCCUUCAAACAUUCAACUAGCUGACCCGAAUUUUAACUUACCACAGCGCAUUGAUUUGCUCAUCGGAGCAGGAUUGUUUUUCGAACUACUUUGUGUGGGGCAGAUUCAGUUGGCGCCCGGUCUGCCAAUACUUCAAAAAACUCUACUGGGCUGGGUGAUAUCCGGCGGUGGUCAACAGUCUUCAAAGCUCUCGUCAUUUAUAGUUAACAAAAGGUCUUCCAGCUGCGAAGAUUCCAGCACUAGACUGGACGAUUUAGUACGUCGUUUUUGGGAGGUUGAGCAUGUUUUCGAACCAAUCGUUAGGACAACAAAAGAAGAGCUUGACUAUGAGGCGCACUUCAAAAAUAAUCUUUCGCGUUUGCGCUCCGGUGAGUACUCAGUUCGACUGCCACUGAAGCUCGCUCCUGAGGCAUUAGGCGAUUCGUAUCUGCAAGCUAAGCGCCGUCUCGAAGGUCUUGAGCGGAAACUAGCCCGAAAUCCUCAAUUGAAGGAAAAAUAUUCGGCAUUUAUUCAGGAGUAUCUUGACCUCAAUCACAUGUCGUUGGUCCCCAGCGCAUCCGUUCAAGAGUGUAAAUAUUUCUUACCUCAUCAUUGCGUCAUUAAAGAUGAUAGCUCCACAACAAAGCUCAGAGUCGUAUUUGAUGGUUCUGCUUCCACAACCUCGGGAUUGUCUUUGAACGACUUACUCAUGGCGGGGCCAUCGAUUCAGCCCAAACUCUUCGAUAUUCUCGUUCGAUUUCGCUCAUUCCCCGUUGCACUCACCGGAGACAUAUGCAAAAUGUAUCGGUGCGUUCGAGUCGCUGCACCCGAUAACAUGCUGCAAUGCAUAUUGUGGCGUAACUCGCCAGAAGAUGAAUUCAGCGCUUAUAAGCUGGAUACAGUUACAUAUGGAACCAAGCCAGCAGCGUUUCUGGCCAUACGGGCAAUGCAUCAGCUCGCCUCGGAUGAGUCCUCAUCUUACCCCUUAGGCGCACAAAUCGUUAUGCGCGACUUCUACGUAGAUGAUCUGAUAUCCGGUGGAAACACGGUAGAAGAAGUACUCGAAAUCAGGCAUCAAACGACCAGCCUCCUCGCUCGUGGCAAUUUCCGCUUACGGAAGUGGUGCUCCAAUAGCCAGGAGGUUCUGGGUGACAUCCCUGAUGCUGAUAGAGAAAGUUUCCUGAAAUUUGAUGACGGUAGCAACAUCACCAAAGCGUUGGGUCUUGUAUGGGAUCCACUCAAGGAUAGUUUCUUGUUUGCUUUCACUCCCCGAAUUACACCUGGCAGAAAUUCCAAACGUUCUGCAUUGUCUACCAUAGCUCGUUGCUAUGAUCCACUUGGACUUAUUGGUCCGACUCUAACCAAGGCGAAAAUUAUUCUGCAGCGUAUGUGGAGGGACAAACUUGAGUGGGACGAGAGCCUACCGCAAUCGCUUGAUACAGCUUGGUCUGCGUUCUGCAAGGACUUCGUCGACGUGCAUCACUUAUCAUUCCCGCGUUACAUCGGAGCCACACAUGAAGUCCACGCAUUUUGCGAUGCCAGCCUCGAGGCAUACGGCGCUUGUAUUUAUGCUCGCUCAAUCAAAGAUGGCAAUAUUCAAGUUCAUCUAUUGUGUUCAAAGGCUCGAGUCGCCCCGUUGAAGACACUUACUGUGCCAAAGCUAGAGCUCUGUGCUGCUGGUUUACUAGCGCAUUUAGUAGCCGAAAUCGCAAAAAUGAAGGUGUUUGAUUGCUCCUUUUAUUGCUGGUCGGACUCGACUGUGGUGCUGUCGUGGCUAAAGGAAGUACCCUCUAAAUUCAACGUAUUUGUAGCUAAUCGGAUUUCUAGUAUACAGCAACUUACAGAGGGCAUGCAGUGGCGCUACGUCCCUACAGCCAUGAACCCAGCGGAUAUUUUGUCUAAGGGAGCUGCGCCUGCUGAGCUGUCACGUUCAACGCUUUGGACCCACGGUCCUCCAUUCUUGCAGGUAGCAGAGCACGAUUGGCCAGACAUCACGGUGUCCCACACCAAACUUCCAGAAAUUCGCCAAAGGGCUCUGGUGACUUUAAACGAUAGAAUCGAUAUCUCACUCUCUUUUAAAUACAUAAACUCUUUUAGCAAGAUGCAACGCAUUUUUGGAUACGUGCAUAAAUUUUUAAACAUUCGCAGAUCGAAAGGAACGCCGCAUCUCACCUGUGAAAACGUUCAUCCAGGAACUCAACUUUUAAUUCGCCUCGUUCAAAGAGCGCGGCUUUGGUCAGAGUACGAUGCGCUGAAGAACAACAAAAGUGUCCACUCUUCGAGCAGCAUCGCGUCGUUGUCACCAUUUUUGGAUGACCUGGGAGUUAUUAGAGUUGGUGGCCGACUAAAGCAUUCAACGCUCGGCUUCGAAGCACGACAUCCAAGCAUUCUUCCAAAGGAUCAUCCUUUAACGUUCGCCAUAAUUACGUAUUUCCAUCGCAAGUGUCACCACGCAGGCCCCCAGUCCCUUCUAGCUUCAAUUCGCAUGCAGUACUGGCCUAUAGGUGGAAGAAAGACUGUGGCACGCGCCCUACGAAAAUGCGUCAUAUGCUGCAGAUCAAAGCCACGACUUUUCGAGCACAUCAUGGCGGAUUUGCCAAAAGAGCGCAUUCAAGCCUCGCGUGCCUUUAUCAUCUCUGCAGUGGACUAUUGCGGACCAUUCUAUUAUAAGCCCGAAGCGCGCAGUAAAUCGCCCCAGAAAUGCUAUAUCAGCGUAUUCAUUUGUUUUGCAACAAAGGCCGUUUGGAUGGAACUGGUUAAGGACCUUUCAACUGGUGCUUUUCUGGAUGCCCUAAAACGAUUUGUCGCUACGCGUGGUACACCAAGCUGCAUCUGGUCUGACAACGCAACCAAUUUUGUAGGCGCUAAGAACGAGUUGAAAGAUUUACGACGCGUGUUUCUCAGUGAAAAGCAUCGUACAGAGGUUCACACGCACUGCCUUAACAAUGGUUUCGAUUGGCGAUUCAUACCGCCUCGUUCGCCGCACUUCGGUGGCCUUUGGGAGGCCGCAGUAAAAAUGGCAAAGCAGCAUUUGUAUCGCACUGUUGGAACUGCAAUUCUUGGUUUCGACGAAUUGCGCACCUUGGUAUGUGAAAUCUCUGCCAUAAUUAAUUCUCGCCCACUUGUGCCAAUUUCAGAGAAUCCCGACGAUAUUGACGUAUUGACGCCAGGUCAUUUUCUUAUCGGUGGCCCCCUUACAGCACUUCCAGAACCGGACCUUACGCCUCUAAAUUACAAUCGGCUCGAUCGGUGGCAGCGCGUUACCUAUUUGCAACAAAUCUUCUGGAGGAGGUGGAGUGAAGAAUACUUAACUCUUCUCCAGCAGCGCGCCAAGUGGCGCACUCCACAGCCCAAUAUCCAAAUCAACGACGUGGUAUGCAUCAAGGAUGAAAAUUCUGCGCCUCUAAAGUGGCCUUUGGCUCGCGUCACUGAAGUCAUCACUGGUACAGACGGUGUUGCUCGAGUUGCGGUUCUGCGUACCUCUACUGGCACUACGCGUCGAGCAGUGAAUAAGCUGUGCGUCCUUCCUGUUAAGGAUUCUGUUGAAUGCCCUGACCUUUCAACGGAGGGGAGGAUGUUCGGAGCAGCAGC